CUAAGAUCGCUAUGUUCUAGCGGCUUGCAUCAUUUGCUGGAGCAACUCAAAACAAAAGUUCUAGAAUUACUUGUACCGUCAAUACUCUUCACAUACUUACCCCAACACAGAGCAGACAGCCUUCUCUCAUACAUGCGACAGGAUGUCUGAAAGGGGUCAACACAGAGGUGGCGGUCGUGGAGGUGGUAGAGGUCAUGGUGAACACAGAGGUGGCAGGGGAGGUGGUAGAGGAGGGCAUGGUGGGGAGAGGGGUGGACAUGGCGGGGGAAAUUUCGAGAAACCAAAGAAGGAAAAUAUCUUGGAUUUGGGAAAGUACAUGGAUAAGCAGGUCACAGUUAAGUUCAAUGGUGGCAGACAUGGUAUGUUAGUGGUUUUGUGGUAAAAUUAGAGAGGUUACUAACAUGAAUCCUCAUAGUGAAAGGCACUUUGAAGGGUUAUGAUGCCCUGAUGAAUCUGGUUUUGGAUGAUGUGGAGGAAAAGUUGACUGGUAAACACUCCUUGUAUUUUACAAAUUUCAUACUGAUGUGGAUUCUUUCGCAGACGAUGAAGGAAAUGAAGCAUGGAGAGCAUUGGGUUUAGUGGUUGCAAGAGGAACCUUACUCAUUGGAAUAAGUCCAGUCGAUGGCAGCGAAGAAAUAGCGAAUCCUUUCGUACAACAAGAAGAAUGAGAAACGGAUUAAAAGGAUAAGGGUUGAUUCCUGGGGAAGGGAAUAAAAUCUACAUGGCCAUCUCGACGCGCUCAGGGAGGAAAACCGGACACACCCUCAACAUCAAAACCAAUAGUUUACAACGCAUCUCUUUAAAUGGAUGUAGACAUGAUAUCAGAAGGCGCUGAAGUGAAAGUACUUCGGCGAAGAAUACAACUGAAAUGAAUAUAUCAUGAUGUUGAAUAUUUGGGCUUUUACAAAUCAGUUGAUGUGAUUUCGAGGACUGGGCAAGGACCAAAAGACCUUGAAGGUACAUGUCCAAGGAACUAGCGAUCCUUCAAUCGUCAGAGAUACUUGACGCAAGUGUAGUAAAGCCCAGCGGCUCUUCUUAGGUUCAUUCUCUUUGGAUAUACGUAGGAUGAAGCCUGGUGUGAAAUGCAUUUUCUAUAUGAGGCGGUGUCUCGGCCAAAAAAAAAUCGGUUUCAUUGAUUUUUCGACUGUACGGAUGAAUUAUUCGAAGCUAUGGUUAAAGCUUCUUCACUGUUCUUUGUAAUUUUUAUCAGUGCCAGGAAGACAGUACUGUACAAUAAAUAUU